AUGGCUUCUAUUCUUUGUUUGAAUCCAAAAGCUGAAUUGGCUCGCCAUGCUGCAGCUCUCGAGUUAAAUGUAAGUGGUGCGAAAGGGUUGAUGGAAGUGAUGCGAACAAAUCUUGGACCCAAGGGAACAAUGAAAAUGUUAGUGUCUGGUUCCGGCGAAAUCAAAUUGACAAAGGAUGGUAAUGUACUUCUUCAUGAAAUGCAAAUUCAACAUCCUACGGCUGCUAUGAUUGCUCGGGCAACUACCGCACAGGAUGAUGUUACGGGUGAUGGCACAACUUCUACUGUUCUUUUGAUUGGAGAGCUCCUUAAACAGGCAGAUCUUUUCAUCUCUGAGGGUGUUCAUCCAAGACUAAUCACUGAAGGUUUUGAGCACUCAAGUUUGAAAACACUUGAAUUUCUAGAAAAAUUCAAACAAACACCAGAAUUGGAUCGAGAAUUACUGUGCGAGAUAGCGCGAACCUCACUCAGAACAAAGCUAAAUGAAAAGUUGGCUGAUCAUAUAACAGAUUGUGUAGUGGAUGCUGUGUUAGCCAUACGAAUUGGGAACGCCUCGCAUCCAGAUUUGCAUAUGAUUGAAAUACAGGAAAUGAUGCAUGAAGAUGAUAUGGAUACCACACUUGUACGGGGAUUGGUUUUGGAUCAUGGAGCUCGACAUCCUGAUAUGCCGAAAAAUGUCAAAAAUGCUUAUAUUUUAACGUGCAAUGUAUCGUUGGAAUAUGAGAAAACUGAGGUUAAUUCUGGUUUCUUCUAUAAAACCGCAGCUGAGCGAGAACAGCUUGUCGCUUCUGAAAGAGAAUUUAUCAUGCGAAGAGUUCAAAAGAUUAUCGAUCUGAAGAAAAAAGUCUGUGAUGAAGCAGAAAGUAUUGAUGGAAAAAAGCAUGGAUUUGUAGUUAUCAAUCAGAAAGGCAUUGAUCCGCCAUCAUUAGAUUUGUUAGCAAGGAACGGAAUUCUGGCAUUGCGUCGAGCGAAGCGACGUAAUAUGGAGCGUUUGCAGUUGGCUGUUGGAGGUGAAGCUGUGAAUUGCCUCGAUGAUCUGAGUAUAAAUGUUCUUGGAUUUGCUGGUACAGUCUACGAGCAUGUUUUGGGUGAAGACAAAUACACAUUUGUCGAAGAUUGUCGAGAUCCAAAAUCAGUAACUAUUUUGUUGAAAGGACCGAAUAAACAUACGAUCACUCAGAUCAAAGAUGCUCUUCAUGAUGGCAUUAGAGCAGUUUUCAAUACUCUUGUGGAUCAAGCAGUUGUUCCGGGUGCAGGAUCAUUUGAGAUUGCUGCUCAUUGCAUGCUAAAAAAUGAAGUUGAUAAUGUAAAAGGUCAAGCGAAAUUGGGUGUCCAAGCUUAUGCAGACGCUUUACUGAUUAUUCCGAAGACUCUGGCAUUAAAUGCAGGAUUUAAUGCACAAGAAGUUAUAGUAGAGCUCAUCGAACAAAAAUUAGCAUGUAACAGUGCAGUCCCUAUCGGUUUAGAUAUUAAUUCUGGUGAACCAUGUAAUCCUCAGGGCAUAUGGGAUAAUCUUGUUGUCAAACGCAACAGUUUAGCAUCAGCAUGUGUUAUUGCAUGCAAUUUGCUUCAUGUUGACGAAGUAAUGCGAGCUGGCAUGACUAAUUUAAAGGGUGAACAAUGA